UUUAAAAUCUAGUUGAAUGAAGACAGGCUUUUUUUAACUGUGAUUUGUUUGGUAUUUGAGCCUUCACAUCUUCCAUAUUUGUUAAUGAAUCUUUGAGGAUAGCCGUUGUUUUUCAGCACCUUUUCGAGAUUCGUAAAUUCUCCCUCUAGUUAUUCUGUAGAGCAUAUUCUCCUCGCUUUAUAGUACAGAGUCUUGACUAAUUGACCAAUUUCAAAUUGUACUGUUACAUUUAUGUUGUGUAUAAGUCAGAUUAAAUUUAUUGUAUAUAAGCAGUUAGAAAAAACUAUGGCAAAGGUCGGUAAGGGUAUACAACUUCCACUUUCAUGGAUACCUGGAAGUAGUGGAUGUUAUCCACAUAAUGCAGUUAAUGUUGAAGAUGUUUAUGUGAUAAGAAGUAAACACGGUGGUGAGCUGCUACCUGGAAAAUUGAUCCCUGCACAUGGAAGGUGUUACUGUCCCUAUGAUGGAAAAGAGCUACAGUCAAAUGAUUACGAAGUAUUGUGUGACAGUUCUGUUCCUGGUACUGUUAAAGGAUAUGGUUGGGAAGAAGCCAGUGGAGGCCAUAUACCAAAAAAUGCAAUUGUUGCUGGAAUCUCCAAAGACGGUAGCCCAUUGUACGUGGUAAAGGGUUACGUCGGUGGAGAGUUAUGCAUUGGAAAGUUACACGAUGGUCAUCCAUGCGCUUAUUUACCAUGGGGUGGUAAAGAGAAUCGAGUUGAUGAAUAUGAUGUACUUGUUUGGAGAAAACAUUGA